GUUAAACGUCAAAACAUUCAAAGCUGCAGCUGUUUACAUCUGCUGUUUACAAAAUUUUACAAGUCUAAUAAAAUAGUAAUUAAAUUAUUCCUCUACAAACAUCCGCCGAAAUGCUGCGGAAACUUCACGCCAACCUGGUUAGUUCCCUUUCCCGACGAAGCUUCAUAUCCAUUCACCACCCGCGAGUUAGCAGUGCCUGCCAGCAACCGGAAACACCAACUCCUACAGAACAGCGACAAUAUCACGACCAAAACAACAGCAGGGAACAAUCAUCCCAAAGCAGGAGAAGCUAUCAUCCGAUUCCGGUCAUCACAGCCAGCACGUUCCUGUCGUGGUUCAGCAAGAAAAAUGACGAAGACACACCGGAAAGUAAACUAAUUACCACUAUAAAAAUGUCGAUUUUAAGCAUCCAACGAGAGGAAUACAAGAAGGCAGAACAGCUGUUGCACGUUGCUCUCAAAAUGGCACAGGACUUGCAAAGUAAGGACGGUAUCACCUACAUCUUCGACAUUAUGGCAAAUUUAGCAAUGGAGGUAGGUGAGUUUGCCAAAGCGGAGAAACUGUUUGUCGAAGUUAUGCAGCGAUUGUUUGCCGAUGGCUUCCUGGAAGAUCACAUGAAAAUGCUACACAUCAGUUCGAAAGUUGCCCACUUGGAACAGCUACAAGGUCAUCUGGACAAGGCAGCCCAAGGAUUCGAGUGGACGAUCUCAAAGCUAGAAGAAAAUCUCAAACGGAUGGGUGAUGAUAAGGAGGUUCGGGAGUUGUGGGGGCUCACGAAGAACUGGUACGCGCAGCUGUUGAUGGAGAUGAAGCGCUUCGCGGAGGCGAAGCAUUGUUUCCAGCAAGCUUACGAUGCGUACACGGAAAUUCAUGGUAAACUGACGGAGGAAGGGCUGUCGAUACUGAACAAUAUUAGCGUGGCUUGUUCGAAUCUGGAAGACUACGCUACAGCUGAAAAAUAUCUCCAGGAAGCAAUCGCUCUUGCAGUGCAGAUACCGGAUCUUGCGGAAGCGGGGGUGUACCGGGCAAAUCUGGGUUUGCUAUAUCUGCAGCAGGGACUGCUCAAGCAGGCGAACGAGUUUUGCUCGUUCGCUUGGAAAUACGGCAAGCAGCAUAAACAUGAGGAAACUGUGAUACAGGCCGACUACUGUCUGCAGCAGAUUAGGGCUGCACAAAAGUAGAACUGGCCGAUCUAGAGAAGUUGGUUGACAUUUUGGCAGAGAGAAUUUCAACAGGGGUUAUUAUUGGAAAGUAUUGUUUUGUCCAAACAUACGUUGGUACACUUAUUGUAAAAAUAUAUUCGUUUACAUUUGAUAGACUGUUGCACAGCAAAGUA